AUGAGGAUCUUAAUUUUUGUCCUCGCGCUGAGCGUUUUGUCGUGUUCAGCAUUUCCAGUGUAUGACUAUGAACUCCCUGUCAUGGAAGAAGCUGUCAAUGCUUCCAUUGCAAGGAUCAAUUCCCAGUCCUGGGGGACAAACCUGUAUGGUGUUGUCAGGAGCCAUGUCACAAGAGUUGACAUGUGGAACAGCGAUGGUUAUAGACUAGAGCUGCAGUUCAGCAUUCGUGAAACUGUGUGCACAAAAGCUUCAGCGAGAGACCCGUUCACAUGUGACUUCAAAAUAGGGCCCUUCGUGGCAACUGCUUUCUGCAGAAGCGUUGUGGAAGUCUCCGGGGAGCUGAUCUCGAACGUUCAUGUGCAGUGCCAUCGUGGUGCAUCCAGCUCCGAAUCGAUGAGCAGCGAGGAGAUGAUGCGUAUGCCGAUAGUGAGCCCCCACAGCCGAGGCAGCAGUCGCAGAGAAGGUGUAUUCGCUCCUGAAGCCUUCCCUUCAAGGGGAAGAGGUGGCAGCCGUGGAGACUGGCAUAAACCCAGCUAUUUCAGCUCUGACAAGAUGGAAUAA